CGCCAUUUUCUUGCUCUUCGCGCCGGCGCAGUGGGAAACAUCCGGGUCACACGGCGCGCCGGCACAGUGAGGAACAUCCGGGUCACGCUGAGCGCCCGUGGAGAGAAGAACAUCCGGGGUCACGCGGCGCGCCUGCGCAGUGCAGCUGCGGCUGUUGGAAUGGCGGCAGCGGGCGGUGAGGAGCCGGACUCGGAUGAUGGUAGCGAGGAGCUGGUGCUCACCCCUCUACAGCUCAUCCGCAGCCUGGAGCAGGCCUGGCUGAACGAGAAAUUUGCCCCCGAGCUGCUGGAGUGCAAGCCUGAGAUCAUUGAGUGCGUGGUGGAGCAGCUGGACCACAUGGAGGCAAACCUAAAACGGGCAAAGAAGGGAGACUUGAAGGUCAGCAUCCACCGCAUGGAGAUUGAAAGGAUCCGUUAUGUGCUCAGUAGUUACUUGAGAUGUAGACUUAUGAAGAUAGAGAAGUUUUUCCCACAUGUGCUGGAGAAGGAGAAAUCUCGAGCCAAAGGAGAGCCUUCCAUUCUAUCACCAGAGGAGUUUGCCUUUGCUAAGGAGUACAUGGCAAACACUGAGACUUAUCUGAAAAAUGUAGCCCUAAAGCACAUGCCACCCAACCUGCAGAAAGUAGCCCUCCUAAAAUCGGUCCCGAAACCCAAUCUGGACUCUUUCGUGUUCUUGAGAGUGCUGAAGAGGCAGGAGAACAUCCUGGUUGAGCCAGAGACUGAUGAGCAGAGAGAGUACACCAUUGACCUGGAGGAGGGCUCACAGCACCUGAUCCGCUACAAGACCAUUGCCCCUCUGGUGGCCUCAGGAGCAGUGCAGCUCAUCUGAGCGAGUG